CUCAGGCUUUCUCAACAAUGUACGCCAUUUCCUGGCACACUUAACACUGAAGGUGAAUUCUCCUUUUUAUAAGAAGAAAAUUUCGGUGGAGGUCUACCCAGCAAGGAAAGGACGUGUGGCUAUUAAAAUCGACAAGAAGAAGGGAGGCAAAUUCCAGCCCUUUAAGAAGUUGUUUGGCAAAAGGAAAAAGAAAGACACCUCAUUGUCCCGGGAGACAUCAGCAGGAAAAAAGAGUCACUCUCCCCAGAGUGUCAGCAAUGGGACCUUCUCUUCUGACGAGGAGAUCCUGGAGGACAAUCUAAGGUCCUUCAACUAUUCAAUGGGAACGCGGGCGUUUUCCCAUGACAGUAUUUUUAUCCCUGAUGGGGGAGCAGAAAGUGAGCAGACAGUUCAAGCAAUGUCACAGGACAACAUCCUGGGCAAAGUCAAAACUCUUCAGCGACAGUUGAGCAAGAACAUCAAGUUUGGGCAGCCACCACCCAAUGCCAUUCCUGUGAAGAAGGCAGACAGUGGAGAGGCUAGCUUAGAAGAAGAUUCGUUCCUGACCAGUCCUAUGGAAAUUGUGUCCCAGCAGGACGUCAUCCUCUCAGAUACCGAGAACAAAUCUAGUGAUACGCCAAGCUCUCCGCGUCCUCUGAAUCUGCCUGGAACCAGGAGUGAGAUGGAAGAGAAGGUGGCUCCAGUUAAACCAUCUCGGCCAAAAAGGCACUUCUCUUCCGCUGGCACCAUUGAAAGUGUCAACCUAGAUGCCAUCCCCCUGGCCAUCGCCCGCCUGGACAACAGUGCUGCCAAGCACAAACUGUCCGUUAAGCCAAAAAACCAGAGGGUGUCAAAGAAGCACAGGCGACUUACCGGGGAUCGACCCAAUGAACACGGUGGCAUUCCACAUCAGCUGUCCCUGGACCAGAACGGACACCCUGGAGAAGACAAGCCAAUGUGGCACGAAGAGGAGCCGGAGCCACUGGACUCUGAGGAGGAGAAGAGACGCCAAGAAGAAUACUGGCGAGAACUUGAGGCCAAGUGCAAACGGCAGAAGGCAGAAGCAGCUGAGAGGAGACGCCUGGAAGAUCAGAGGCUCCAGGCCCUGGAGAGGCGGCUUUGGGAAGAGAACCGAAGGCAAGAGCUCUUGGAGGAGGAAGGAGAGGAACAGGAGGGAGAGAAGAGAGAACAACAGCUAGAGGCAGGAAAGAGAGAAUGCGAAGCGCAGAAGCAGAGACUGGGAGAACAAGGCGGCCAAGGCCAAGAGCAGAGGGAGCGAGAGGAAAGGAGGCACCUGGAGGCUGGAGAGCAGAAGUGCCCAGAGGAAGAGGCUGAGCCAGCAGAGAGGCUCGCACAGCAGGAAGAGCUGGAGGCACAGAGCAAGCAGGUGGCUGUGCAGCAGCAGCAGGAGGAUGAGGAAAGGGAGUUGGAGGAGCUCAGAAGAUGGGAGGACUUGGAGGCGCAGAGGCGGCAGGCAGCCGAGAGGCAGCGGCUGGAGGAAGAGGAGAGGAGGCUGGCGGAGCAGAAGCGGCAGGAGGAAGAAGAGAAACGGAUGAAGGAGCUCAGAAGGCUGGAGGAGCUGGAGGAGCAGAGACAGCAGGAGGAGGAGGAGGCAAAGAGAAGGGAAGAACUGAGGAAAACGCAGGAGGAAACGGAGGUGCAGAGGCUGCGGCAGGAAGCAGAAAAGGAGCCUCAGGGAGCACCGAGACUGGAAGAGGCGAGUUGGCUGGAGCUGGACAACAAAAGGGGCUUAAGGAGCCCGCUUCGGGCUGACUUUGCAGAGAAACCAGAACAAGAACACCUGAAACCUGAGAAGCAGAGAGAAAAGUCUGAGGAACCGAGUGUUAGCGAGGAGCAGAGCCAGGAGGCUGAGCCAUCAGGAGAGCAGCAGGAAAAGCAGGGCGACUUUCCGGGUGAAGAUCGUUAUGAACAUCAGGAAAAGAGAGACGAAAGUAACAUGUCACUUCCCCAGAAACAGGAGAUUCAAGUGGGAGAGAUGCAGCCUCCAGUGGAGAAGAAAGAAGCUGCCCCUCCAGAAAAAGACAGGAAGGUGGAGGAACUCAGGUGGCAGGAAGUGGACGAGAGGCAGACCAUGCCCAGGCCCUACACUUUCCAGGUGUCGUCAGGAGGGAAACAGAUUCUCUUCCCCAAAGUCAACCUGAGCCCAGUGACGCCUGGGAAAGAAGCAGGACUUGCCUCUGCUCCCCAUGAGCCAAAGGCCCCCAAAGCCAGCCCAGCCUCCCACGCCCUGCCCUCCUCCCUGAGCAUCCCCCACACGGCCAUCCUGGUCACGGGAGCACAGCUCUGCGGCCCAGCUGUCAACCUGAGCCAGAUCAAGGACACGGCAUGCAAGUCUCUCCUGGGUCUGUCAGAAGAAAAAAAGCACGUGGAUGUCCCCGCCCUGGAGAACCCACCCCGAGCUCCCAUCGACCCCCGGCCAGGCAGCGGGAAGGCCAGGCCCCACCAUGAGUCUCCAAGCAGUGUGGCUGCACUGGCCGAAUGGGCUUCCAUUCGGUCCAGAAUCCUGAAGAAUGCAGAGAGAGACCAAUCUCAGCCUGGUGAUGAGCACCCUCCCCGGGGCCGCUGUGAUUCCCGAGGGAACCUCCGCAAGACCCCACCAAUAAAUGCAAAGUUCUCCAUUAUGCCUGCCUGGCAGAAAUUCUCUGAUGGGGGCACGGAGACCUCGAAACAGAACACAGAAGCUGAAAGCAUUAGAAAAAGACCCGUGCUGGGAGCCAGUGACGAGACAGCACCCCCACCCCUGGCUGCUGAUAGUCAUGAGCCCCGGAAGGGCGCAGAGAAACUGGAGGUACACCAGGAGUCAACAGAUACCACCGAGGGAUGCAAAUUUGCCAAAGACCUUCCAUCUUUCCUUGUUCCAAGCCUUCCUUAUUCUCCGCAGAAAGCUGCCGCCCAUGCAGAGCCCGUGACCACUUCAGACGGUGAGACCACCAGUGGUCCAGGAAAGCCAGACUCCAUGACGCCAGGUGGCGAGGAAAAAGCCUCACCUUUUGGAAUAAAGUUGAGAAGGACCAACUACUCCUUGCGCUUCCACUGUGACCAACAGACGGAACAGAAAAAGAAGAAAAGGCACAGCAGCACAGGGGAUAGUGCUGAUGGGGGGCCGCCUGCACCAGGGAGCACAGAUGCAGAGAAAGAGGCAGAAGGUGUGGCCCUCAAGCGUGGCCCGUCUCUCCCCCCAGAGAGGAAGCAAGCCCCAUCCACCUGGAAGGACUCUGCAGAAAGCCCUUCCAGCCCCUCUCCUGCAGCCCAGCCUGGGCCCCCACCUGCCAGCAGCCAGACCCCGGCUCCAGAGCAUGACAAAGCAGCAAACAGAAUGCCAUCAGCACAGAAGCCAGCCCUGGCGCCCAAGCCCACCGGUCAGACCCCACCGUCCUCCCCACUCUGCAAACUGAGCAAGCCCUACCUGGUAGAGCUACUGGCUUGCCGGCCGGGAAAGCCUGAUCCGGAGCCCAGCGAGCCAUGUGGUGACCCUGGGCCGCACUCACCACCACCGGCUGAGGAGAGGAAGGCUCAGAGGAGAGAUGAGGAGGAAGAGGUGGAAACAGAGAGAAAAUCUGCUUCCCCAGCGCUGUCUGCUGUCCAGCAAGAGAAGUCUUCCCAAGCACCUGAGGCCGGGAGGAAAGAAAAGCCGGUGCUUCAGAGCAGACACUCUUUAGAUGGCUCCAAAGUUGUGGAGAAAGUUGAAACCACGCAGCCACUGUGGAUAACGUUAGCACUGCAAAAGCAGAAGGGAUUCCGUGAGCAGCAAGCGACUCGAGAGGAGAGGAAGCAAGCCAGGGAGGCCAAACAGGCAGAAAAGCUCUCCAAAGAGAAUGUCAGUGUCAGCCCGCAGCCUGGAAGCAGCAGUGUCAGCAGAGCUGGCUCCCUGCAUAAGUCCACUGCUCAGCCAGAAGAGAAGAAGCUGGAGACAACAGUGUCCAGGCUCGAGCGCAGAGAACAGCUGAAAAAGGCCAACACUCUUCCUACAUCUGUGACAGUGGAGCUCUCGGAUUCGGCUCCCCCAACGCCACAGGUGAACGAAGUCACAAAGAGGUUUUCCUCCCCCGACGCUGCCCCCGUGUCAACAGAACCAGCCUGGCUGGCUUUGGCCAAAAGGAAAGCCAAGGCCUGGAGCGACUGUCCACAGAUUAUUAAGUGAAGAGUGACUCCUGUCCAUUCCAGUUGCCAGUUUUUGGCUCCUCUCUUGCCCUUUUUAUUUAUUUAUUUUUUAUACGAGGUAAAGAAACCAAGCUAGGGAAAAGCAUGUUUUAUAGGCUCUAAAAUAAUAUUUAGAAACUGAACUGGUGGUGUUCCUUGUAAAGAGUGUAUUUGCACAACCCUAGGUCCUGGUGCCUUGAGCUCCUCCUAGUUUGAAAGAAAAUUCUGUCUGAGGGACCCCAUGACUCAAAGUGUCCCGACUGCGAGCUCCUCAGGAGAGCCUGCCCCGCCCCUCCCUCACAUACACACCCACACACCGUUCAGAACGCGUACUUUUGCCAAUCUUUGUAAUGGUUUUUUUUUUUAUUCUCCAGUU